AUGGGAUUCCACGAGACGCCCGAAGGUAUCUACUACCGUGAAUGGGCCCCGGGGGCCACGCAAGCGUGGCUAAUCGGAGAGUUCUGUGAUUGGGAGCGUAAGCACGAAAUGAAGAAACUGGAGCACGGCAAGUGGGAACUGUUCCUACCCAACAACGAGGAUGGAUCCAGAGCCAUCAAACACAUGUCACAUGUAAAGGUAUCCUUCGACAGCACCAGCGGUGAGCGCUGCGACCGCAUUCCUCCGUGGAUCAACUACGCGGUGAUGGAGAAAACCAAGCCUGUGUACAUCGGUGUGUACUAUAUGCCGGAGAAGAGCUUCGAAUGGAAGAACGAACGCCCCAAGAACACCCAAGGACUGCGUAUUUACGAGGCGCACGUGGGCAUCUCCUCCAAGGAGCCCACAAUCGCCUCGUACCGCCACUUUGCGGACGAUAUCAUCCCGCGCAUUGCCGAGAACGGGUACAACGCCAUCCAGUUGAUGGCUGUGAUGGAGCACGCUUACUACGGAAGUUUCGGAUACCAGGUGACAUCGUUCUUCGCCACAUCGUCGCGCUUCGGUGAACCCGACGAUCUCAAAUACCUCAUUGACAAGGCCCACGGCUACGGCAUUCUGAUGUUGCUAGACAUCGUGCACUCGCACGCGUCUAUGAACGUAGACGACGGUCUGAACCGAUUCGAUGGCACGGACCACUGCUACUUCCACGAGGGUGAACGCGGCAAUCACUCGCUGUGGGGCUCGCGCCUGUUCAACUACGGCCACUGGGAGGUGAUGCGCUUUCUGCUGUCUAACCUGCGAUGGUGGGUGGAGGAGUACAGGUUCGAUGGCUUCCGCUUCGACGGGGUCACGUCUAUGAUGUACAAACACCACGGAAUGGGUGUUGGGUUCAGCGGCGACUACAACGAGUACUUUGGGGACGAUGUCGACGGAGAGAGUUUUUGCUACAUGCAGAUGGCGAAUGCCAUGCUGCAUGAGCUGUACCCUGACCACAUGAUCACCAUCGCCGAGGAUGUGUCUGGUAUGCCAGCGCUCUCGCUGCCUGUGGCUAUGGGGGGCGGUGGUUUCGACUACCGACUGAGUAUGGCUAUCCCGGAUAAGUGGAUCGAGAUUCUCAAGGAACUCUCCGAUGAGGAGUGGGAUAUUGGUAACAUUGUGCACACCCUAACCAACCGUCGACACGGUGAGAAGAGCAUUGCGUACGCCGAGUCACACGACCAGGCGCUUGUCGGUGAUAAGACGAUUGCUUUCUGGUUGAUGGACAAGGAGAUGUACACGCACAUGUCCGAUCUCGCGCCCAAGUCGCUGAUCGUAGACCGAGGCAUUGCUCUGCACAAGAUGAUCCGCUUCCUGACAUACACUCUGGGUGGCGAGGGCUACCUCAACUUUAUCGGAAACGAGUUUGGUCACCCGGAGUGGCUUGAUUUUCCGCGAGCAGGCAACAACGAGUCCUUCCAGUACGCCCGCAGACAGUGGAAUGUGGUGGACGAUCCUCUGUUGAAGUACAAAUACCUCAACAAGUGGGACGCGGCUAUGCACGCGACGUGUAACAAUUACGACUGGUUGAACGCCCCCCAGGCGUACGUAUCCCUUAAACACGAGGGAGACAAGCUCAUCAUCUUUGAGCGUGCGGGUCUGCUGUUUGUGUUCAACUUCCACCACAGCAACUCAUUCCCCGACUACAAAGUGGGUACGUCGCUGAAGGGCAAACUCAAAGUGGUGCUGUCCUCGGAUGAUCCAGAGUUUGGUGGCUUCAACCGAGUAGAUAAGUCGUCCGAGUUCUGGGUCAAAGAGGGCGACGGCUGGCACGACAGACCUAAUUCUACCAUGAUUUAUAUCCCGAACCGUGUCUGCUUGGCGUUUGCUGCCGAGUAA